GCGAUGUGUCCCCUGCAGCCCAUUUCACCGGCCGUCCUGUAUUCCAGGAGGCCGGCAUCUUCAGUGUGGGCACCCGGCUGUGACAGCUUGCGGCUUCACAGCCGGGUACCCACUGCGCAUGCGCAAGCAGCGCUGAGCUUCAUGAAUGGUCCUGUAGUCUUCUGGAACCUGUCACGUGUCCCAAAAGACUACAGGGAGGGAGGACACCUUCUGCUUCCGAUCGCCUAGGCCAGGGUGGGAGCGGGUACCUGUAAAAUUCGGGUACCAGCUCCCCCUGCCCCCCAAAGAUGCCAAUCCUUAAUGGGGAUCGGGGGAGCAGUCCUUAAAGCGGAACUUCCCCUUUUGGGUGGAGCUCCGCUUUAA